AUUUUAUCGCGAAACCAUUAUACCUUACUCCUUGGGAAAGUGCGACAAACGACGUCGUUCAUGGGUCACUAAAAUUUGAAAAGUUCUAAAUGGCUAAAUCCCCGCUCAAUCCAAAAUUGAUCUCUGCCAUUCCUCUUCCUCAACGUUCACUCUUCACUCUCUUCCCCCCCCCCCCCCCCCCCCCCCCCCCCCCCCCCCCCCCCCCCCCCCCCCCCCCCCCCCCCCCCCCCCCCACACCACUGGAACAUCUACACAGUAACCGGACGGCGUAGAUUUAGGUGUAAUUUUUGGAUGAACAAUGUCAACGGUGGAAGAUCUGUUCAUUGAAAUCUUCGAUAGAAAGCACAAAAUAAUCGAAUUAGUUAAGCAACAUACUGACCGGUAUAGUCAACACCUUGCUACUAAAUGUAAAAUUCAAGGAAUUAAUCCUCCCCUAUGGCUUUUCGAUGUUCAACAGUUGUCGAAUCUCAAAGAGCUGAACAAAGAACAGCUGAUUUCUGAAUGCUUUCCACGGCCACCUACUGUGCGCUAUGAUAGUGCUCGCUGCUCAUUGAACAAGAGGCCAGUUGUCAGAGAUGACGAUGAAGAUAUGUCUCAUGGGACGUUCUUGGAGGUUCAUGUUUCCAACCAAGGCCUUCACCCGGAAGAUGGGGCAGCUAAUGCAGCUGUAGAUCCUGAUAAUAAUCAGGAAUGUGCUCUGAAUACUGUUCCUGAGCCUGAUGUAAGUGUUAACUCUCCCCUAGAUCAGACGGAUGCAAGAGUUUUGAACAGUUUUAAUGAUUUAGACUUGUCGCUAGCUAGAAUUCAGAGGUCUAAGUCUAGGCAAAAGGCUCUUCAGCUUCGAAAUAGUGCACAAGCAGAAGCAGAAAGCUGCUCCAGUUGCCAGAAGAAGUGUGAUGUUGCUCCUAUAGGGAUUGGUCUUUCUACUUCUGAACAAGUUGAUCACAAUUAUGAGUCAGAAAAAUGGUCUGAACCUCGUGUAGUUAGUAAUAGUAGUGGUGGAUUUAAGGAGUCAGCUGAAAGAAAUUGUGAAGAAGAUAGAGAGAUAAAUUUACACACUGGUGAAAAUUCUAAGCAUAAAGCAUCUACCGAAACUCUUGAGUGUGUGAAUCAUAAUGAGAAAGUAGAUAGGUUGUCUAAUGUUGCUGAGAGAAGUCAUACAACAGAAGUGGAUAACUCUUUUGCUAUAGCUCAGAAAAGCCAUUCAACACGUAAAAAUAGUUGCAAUUUUGCUGCCACAGGCACCAGUUUGUCUGCUUCUCCACUAAUUGAUUUUUCGGACAAGCCAGACCACCUGUCAGAAUCUUUUCCUGUUGGUACUGAAGUCAGCAAGUUAAGGGAAUUUGUAGAAGUACAUCAGCAUGAGGGGACUGAAGUAAAUAGAGUCACAAGGUCCAGAAGUAAUUGCAAACAACUGAACUGUAUAAAUGACUCUCUUAAAGUGGAUGGUCCUGCUGACGCAGUUCAGAAAGAUGAUCAUACCCAAGCACACUCUGCAGGUUGUGUGUCAGGUAGGUCAUUGGAAGUAGCUAAUACAUCUAGUUUUCACAAACCAAUUGUCAAAAGCUACCAAGAGACUAAGAAGAAGAAUGGUAGUUAUUGUGGUAGAAUCACAAGAUCCAGGAGUAUGGCCCCAAAAUUGCCUUGUCUGGGUGAUGAUUCACAUGCCGCUAUAUCAACAGUUUCAGAUAGGGUGGGCAGUGGUGUUUUUGCCCCAGCAAUUGGUGGAUCAUCAGAAGUGUUAUUUAACAAUCUUGAUCCUUUGACAUCAGUUAAACCUUCUACUGUCUUGGAUCAUAAGAGCCCAAAGCCACAAAGUAACAUGGGCGGUCAAGUCAUAGCAGAGCCUGUUGAUACUUCCACUGUUGCUGGUUCUGGAGGUGCGGGUUCCAUGUCUGCUGACUCGGAGAAGUCUUCGCAUGAAAAUUGCGAUACUCAUUAUCCAAUUGGCAGUAAAUCGAUCACUCCUUCCUCUGAUAACAAUGACACUCAUAAUCAGCAAGGUAACACUGAAGUUGUGAUGGAAGGAUCUCCUCCUUGUAGGUCUAGAACAGGCAAUUCUAAACCAAAAGUGGGAGUGGAACAUCUGGUUGCCAGUCCUCCACAUGAUUGUUUUAUGCCAAUGAAGCCAAAGCAACUUGACUUUGAUGACACAGAAGAGUGUAACCUGCAGAGGACCUUAUCUCCUAACUUUGAGGAGAAGAGCAUGAAAUCAACAGAUAAAAUUUCCAAUACAACACUAGAACCGACCUCAGAAAAGAAGAUAUCUGGUAGUCCUGUAGAUAGCAGAUUCUCUCGGGAGCAGUCAACACUUGAGAGAGAAAUUUCAAGUAAGCGUAAUGAAUUUCCAGGGAGUUCAUCUACUAUGGAAAACAGAGAGCCUUCUGUUACCGUAAUGAAUGGACGUGCCUCGGAUAUGAAUGAACAUCAUGCAUCAAGGAAUACUAAAUAUGAGACAAGUGGUAGACAAUGUCCACGACAAUCUUCUUAUCUGCAUGAUGAUGAGACACUGUCAAAUGAUGUUGGUCAUCACGAUGCAGAUGCUAAUGGUGAACUCAGUUUGAAGGAAUCAUAUAAUUCAAUGGUAGAGCUGCACGUUGAAGUGGGAGGUAUUGGUUGUGACAAGACUGCUCAAUGUCUACCUGCAUCUAAUGUUGCCAACACCAAAAUUGCUGCUACACCUCACAUUUCAAAUUUGAAUAAAAAGGCGUCUGGAGAUUCCCAGCAUUGGUUGGCGCAGGACUUUGACAUUGGAGAUCCUAUUUCCAUUUCCCCAGAUGCAAAGAAACAGUCUUGCACGCCAAAUGAUCCAAAUUUAUCUUGUUUUACUGGUGAAAACAGUUAUGGGGAUGUACGUGUCAGGUGUGAUAUGGAUAGGGAUUCCCAUCAGGAAGAGAAUGACAUGCUUACCUGGAAUCCUCUACAAUCUGGACAGAAUGAUGAUGAGAAUCUCAAUCUCUCUGUAUCAAGGGAACUCGAGACUACAAGGGAACCCUGGUUUGAUGACAGAUUCAGAUCUAUUAAGCUGGAUUCGUGGCCACAAGUUAAAAGGAAAAAAACUGAAGAUAACCAAACUAACUGCUUUUCUGCUUUUCCAAACUCUCAAAUGUCAAAGGUUUAUCAGGUACACAUGAAUGCUGUAAGCUUAAACUUCAACACAAGUCAAGAAAAAACAGACAAUGUUGUGGAACAUACACCUUUCAGAACCAAGAGUUCUAAUGCUGGUAUACCAGCGAAUAAAAAUUGUCAUUUGAAAGAAGGAAGUGGUUCCUUAUUGAAGCUGCUAAAUGAAGUGGGAGGGAAAAGUUGUGACAGGAAUACUCAAUGUCUACCUGCCUCAUAUGCUGUCAACAAUGAAACUGCUGCUACACUUCACUUCUCAACUUUGACCGGGGAUUCCCAGGAUUAUUUGGUGAAGGAACUUGAACUUGAAGAUCCGACUUCCAGUUACUCAGAUGCGAAGAAACAGCUUAGCAUGCCAAAUGAUCCAAAUUUAUCUUGUUUGGAUGGUGAAAAUAGUCACGGUGAUGCGUGUGGCAAGCACUAUAUGGAUAGGGAUUCCCAUCAGAAAGAGAAUGACAUGCUCACGUGGCCCCAGCAAUCUGGAUGCAAUGAUGAAGAGAAUCUCGAUCUUUGGGUAUCAAGUGAAAUUGAAAAUGCAAGGGAGUCCUCAUUGUUUGAUGGAAGGUUCAGAUCUGUUCAGCUGGAGUCAUGGCCACAAUUUAAGAGGAAAAGACUUGAAGAUAAGCAAAGUAACUGCUUUUCUGUUUGUCCAAGCUCUCAAAUGGCAAAGCUUUGUCAGGCACAGAUGGAUGCUGUAAGCUUAAACGUCAGCGGAAGUCAAGAAAAAACAGCCAGUGUUAUGGAACAUAUACCUUCCCGAGCCAAGAGUUCUAAUAUGGGUGUAUCUGAGAAGAUAAGUUGUCCUUUGAAAGAAGGAAUUGGUUCCUUGCGGAAGCUGCAAACUGAAACGGAUGCGAUAUGUUUCGAAAAGCAAAACAACAGAACGGAGUCUGCUUCCUCUGCUGAUGACAAAUUGUUACGUAUAUCCCAUGUAUCAAGUUUGUUCCAACAACCAGCUGAAAAGGAACUGGAAACAGCAGAGGAGCAUGAACUCCUUUCAGAUGCUGAAAAGUUCUCUGAUGAACAAGAUAGUCCAGACUUACUGCACCUUGAAAAGAAUGUUGAGUUGGAUCAUCCUGAAAAUCGGACUUGUUUGGAGAGACAAUCUCAUAUUGGAGAGCAGAGCUUAUGUUCUCAAUCUUUUGUUUUCUCUUCUCCCCAAAGUAGAGGCUCAGACAUACUUGAUGCUGAUCAAUCUAAGCCCAUGCUUGAGGGUUUUAUUAUUGAUACCUCAGCAACAGAUGGAGAAUUAGAUAUUGCCCAGCUUGGGAUCAACUAUGAGACAACAAUUCAGCGUGCUAGCAUUCUGGAGCAGAUCUGCAAAUCAGCAAGUGCGCAUACACCCUUAUCUCAUUUCACAUCUUCUUUUGGGUUUGAUCGCACUCAAAAUCUAUAUCAAUCUUUACCUAAUGGGAUUCUUGAGCACCUGGAUCUGAGCACCUUCUUGUCAGAGGAUGAUGUCAACAGACAGAUUAGGGCAAGUUAUAGCUGUGUGGAUGAACUGAAAGAUUCUAAACUGGAGAUACCUUGUUCUGAUUAUCAACCUUCUUAUGGAUGCCAAUUUGAAGCAAGAUCAGGAAAGCAAUACCAGUCUCCUGUUGGAAAGUUCUGGGAAAGGAUCCCAUCACAUUCAAGCAGUUCAGAGAAGGGUUUGAACUUAAACCCAGAGCUCAUGUGUUUCCCAAUUGAGGAGGAUCCCAAUAGUAGUGAGGAGAAUGAGACUGCAGAUGUGGCUGGUAAAAUCAGUGAUGAAUUAUAUUCCACAGUAGUGAAUAGUCAUGUCAAAAGGCUACCACUUGCAUCAAUAACUAAUUCAUGUCUGAAUGCUCCUGCUUCAGUUUCUGCAGCUGAGAGGUCUCAUGCAAGGGGAAGUUUAGACUCUGUCAAUACAGAUGUUAGCUGCACUGAGCACCAUAACAAAGCGAAGAGAAAGCUUGGAAGUAGCUUAAAAAAUAUGAGUGCAGCAAAGGUAAAACAGACUCCUUUAACGAGUGCAAAAGGAAUUAAACAAGGUAAGGAAUCCCUUAGGAGGUCUAGUAGGCCAAAAUUAUCAGCUAAAUCCAGUUUUAAGAGAGAGAGACAGAAACUUUCAGAAAAAGGGCCCAGUCGUAACAACAUUGUCUCAAAUGUGACUUCAUUUGUUCCACUGGUCCAACAGAAACAAGCAGCUGCUGUAUGUACAGUAAAGAGAGAUGUAAAAGUGAAGGCUCUGGAAGCUGCUGAAGCUGCAAAACGCCUGGAAGAGAAAAAAGAGAACGAGCGUAAGAUGAGGAAGGAAGCAAUGAAGCAUGAGAGGGCACGGUUAGAGCAAGAAAACUCGAAACAAUUGGAAUUGCACAAGAAAAGGAAGGAAGAGGAAAAGAAGAAAAAGGAAGCUGAUGCAAUAGCAAGGAAAAGGCUGAGGGAAGUAGAAGAAAAAAAUGAGAGGGAAAGGAAACGAAAGCGAGUAGAAGAGGCACGGCGACAGCAGAGAGAGCAGGACGAUAAAACUCAUGCUAAAAGAGCAGAGAAAGAUAAAGGACUUCCCACUAAUGAUGAAAAGACGAUGGCUAAAAAGAAAUGUAGUACUGAAGUGGAUAUGUGUCAAAAAGAAAAAGAAAGAGUUGGAAAGAACUCCAAGAAGCAAGAGAGUGAACCCAAGACAACUGAAACUUUGAGAAAUGAUUCAUUUCAAGCAACACCAUCAACAGGAAGAUGUCACAUUUCUGAUAAAUCUAUAGACCAUGAAAAGGGUGACAUUGAGUGUGGUACCAAGAAAAGUCUAGAGAAAUCAUACGAGAUCUCACCUUAUCAGUGCUCUGAUGAUGAAGAGGAUGAGGAUGAAGAUGCACCCAUCCGAAAAUUUAUUCCCUCAUGGGCCAGCAAACCCAAUGUGGCGAGUGCCCUACCUAUGCAGCAAGGAAUAGACCCUGAUUCCAUAUUUCCCCCAGAAAGUUUCUGCAGUAUGGACGAAGUACUUGUACCUAGGAAGGUUCAGCAGAGACCUACACCGAUCUGAUUAAUUUUUCCUAGUCUUCAAGAACGUGUCAGUACAGGGGUAGUGCUUCUGCUCGAAGACAAGGUUUUUGUAUACAUGAAUUGUACAUAUGCGAAGGUGAUUCUUGCUAUGCCAGCCUUCUUAUCGGCUGUGCAUGCUGUCGUUAAAAUUCCCUUAUGACAUGUUCACUUCCAAUAUCAGUGAUUCAAAAACCUUUCUAAUGUAAAUACGUUGGAACCUUUUUGUACCAAGUAGGUUGCAGGUUGGCAUAUCAUAACCUGAGAUGAUUAGAAAACAGAACUACAGUAGCAACUAGCAAUACUAUGAUUGUGUAUUUGUAAGAUUUAGAUAUUCUCUUUUGACAUAAUUUGAUUGAAACGAGAAGGUGAAUGCAUGUUGUCAUGAAUAAAAAUGGCUAAGAGAUCAUAGCGGAGGAUUGAUCAAGGGCUCAAGGCAGUGGUAGAGGUAUGGUUGGCCUAAGUUAUGUCCCAAGGUUUGUUCGUAUCACUUAUAAUGGAGGCCUUUCCGACAUAUG